GUGAUAUGAUAGUAUCUAUGCCUAAUCCACUUCCAUAAUCUAAUUUAUUAUCCUAACAGAUGAUUUCCCAUCCCCACCACAAAACGCGUCCUAAGUCUUCUUUCUCAACCACACACCGCAGCAAUUGUUCUUUUCUUUCAUUCGGUGUCUGCAAGUUUUGACCGUUUAAUUCAAUUCAGCCCCUUUUUCUCAUUCAACUUGAGAUCAUUAUCGUUUCUAAUUUUUAAAGUCUUGGUCAAAUUCUCUUAAUAUUAUUUUUUUUUAAUCUUGCAUACAUCUACAAGAGUCGUUUAUUGAUCAAUCUUUCAAAAUCGCAACAUCCUAGAACAUUUCGAAAUACUAAUAAUGUUGUUUGCAUCAAGGUUUAUAGCGUUGAUUUGGUUUCUGGGGUUUGCUAAUUAUGUGGCAUCAUCUUGUUUGCCUCCUCAAGAAUUGGAAGCGUUGUCGGUGGUAGCAAGGAAACUGGGGAAGAGGGAAUGGAAUUUCGAUGGUGUAGAUGUUGAUCCAUGCACCAAUGAGCUCCCAUGGUGGGAUGCUAGUUUUAAAGAUGGGAAGGGAGUAAUGUGCAACUUCACCUCCCCUCGAAUUUGUCAUGUUACUAGGAUCAUUUUGAAGAGCGAAAAUCUUAAUGGGUCACUUCCAAAGGAGCUGGUUGGACUCCCCUUCCUACAAGUCUUUGACGUUGAUCGGAACUACCUCAAUGGCACUCUCCCUCCAGAAUGGAGUUCCAUGGGAUUCCUUCGAAAAAUCGCUGUUAUCGGGAACCGUCUCACCGGUCCAAUUCCAAAAGAAUACGCCAACAUCACCGCACUUGAAGAACUGGUUUUGGAGGCUAAUCAGUUUACAGGAAAUAUACCUGGGGAGUUUGGGGAUCUUCCUCGAAUGAGAAGAUUCCAGCUUGCUUCCAACAAUUUCACCGGAGAGUUAUCCCCAAACCUAGCAAAAAUUACCACUCUGGAAGAGUUUCGAAUUAGUGGCAACAACUUCACAGGAAGUAUACCAAAUUUUAUCCUGAAAUGGGGAAACAUCACAAGAAUGGAGAUUCAGGGUAGUGGUCUUAGUGGACCGAUCCCUUCCAACCUUACUUCUCUAACCAAGUUAACUGAUCUAAGAAUCAGUGACCUCAAUGGGAAUCAAUCGGAUUUCCCAAAUCUUGCUAUUUCUACUAGUUGGAAAAAAGUGAUAUUAAGGAAGUGCAAUAUUGUAGGGGAACUACCACCUUUUAUUGCACGACUGGCAUUCAACGAGUGUCUAGAUCUGAGUUUCAACAAAUUAACAGGACAGAUUCCUCGGAAUCUUGGUGGUCAAAAAGGAGACAUCUACCUGACUGGGAACUUCCUUAACGGGACAGUGCCACAAUUGAUGGAAGAUAAGGGAAACAUUGACCUAUCCUACAACAACUUCACAUCUCUAAGUCCGGAACCAAGUUGCACGAAAAACAGCCCAAACUUGUUUGCCAACUCAAAUGGAAACACCAAUGGUACUUUCUAUUGUGUAAAUCCACAGUGCAAGUCAAAUGAUUUCUACUCUUUCUAUAUAAACUGUGGAAGCAACCAAAGCUAUGGUAAAUAUGAAGCAGACAGCGCUUCUGGAAACUUCUACCAAGGUAAAAACUGGGGAUUCAGCAGCACCGGCCAGUUUUGGAAUACUGAUAAAUAUGGAAACAGUAAUCUUCUCCAACCAGGCAACUUAAGCAUUUCAGGGCCAAAAUCUAAGCUGUACUCCACAGCACGCCUGUCCCCCCUCUCAUUGACUUACUAUGGAUUUUGUUUGAGAAAUGGCAACUACACAGUGAAUCUCCACUUUGCGGAGAUCAUGUUUACUAAUGACACAACUUACGGAAGCAAUGGAAGGCGUGUUUUUGAUAUUUAUAUUCAGGGAAAUUUGGUUGAGAAGGAUUUCAACAUUGAGAAUGCAGCAGGUGGAGUAAAUACUCCAAUAACAGUGCCUUAUCAUGCAUUUGUCAGUGAUCACACCUUGGAUAUCCGCUUCUAUUGGGCUGGAAAAGGAACAACUGUUCUUCCUGAGAGAUCCGUAUAUGGUCCUCUCAUUUCUGCCAUAUCCGUCAUUCAUGAUACUUAUAAGCCUGGAAGCAGCAUCUCAAGGGAUGGAUGAAAUGAAUGGUGGAAAUUGAUGGCAGGAUUCUUGGCCAAUUAGUAUCCCUUUCUUAUUUCUUGUAUUUAAUUAAAGUGAGUACGAUUUGGAGGGAUUUGAAUAGAUUUGAAUCAGCUAUUGAUAGUUUGGUGGGAUUCUUAUAUUGUAAACUCCUAUAUAUACUAAAGAGGUUUUGAGGAGUGUACCCGAAAA